GGGUUUUCGCGGCUGAGCAGAGCCAGCCUGGUUGCGUGGAGGGUUGUUUUAUCCGCCCCCCCCCUUUUUUUUCCCCUCCCGGAGUCUUAUUAAUUUCUCUGUGGGGCUGCAGCUGGAGACCGCGGAGCGUUGGAAAUGACGCUCGGAGCUUUAAUUACCGCAGCCGCCGGACAAGUGUGAGGAAAGCUGACAGGAAAAAGAAGGACAGGAUCGGGGGAGAAGCGAGAAGCUUCCCCCCCCCCCGCCCUCCCAUUCCCUCCCAAUUUGGACUGGAGGUGCAAGGAAACUGAAAAGGGAGCCGAACAUAGCCCGGCUGGGGGGAGAGGCCGGAAACCUACCGCCUCUUUGCAAUCAACUUUUUUUGGAAACCUUUUUCCCCCUUCCUUUUUAUUGUUGACCAACCAGUGAGAGAAAGUGAGGAGGGAGCGAGAAAGCAAAGGCUCACACAGGAAAAUAGCUGCACAGUCCGGCGCAUACAUUCGAGCACACUCCCACACGCGCACAGAAGCGCGCGCACUCACCCCCUCCUCGGGUCCCCGGACCCGGACCCGGACCCGCGGGCGCUGACUCGGUUGCCCGUGUUUGGAGCCGGUGCACCGCGCACGUCGCGCGCCAGUUCCCCUCGCGCCCCCAAGCGCGCCUGGCUGAGGGAUCUCCUCCGCGUGCCCGAAAGGGGAUAUGCCAUUUGGACAUGUAAUUGUCAGCACGGGAUCUGAGACUUCCAAAAAAUGAAGCUGGCGACAGGACUGUGGGUCUGGGUGAGCCUUCUCCUGGCAGCGGGGACCGUCCAGCCCAACGCUUCUCAGUCAGUGUGUGCAGGAACAGAAAACAAGCUGAGCUCUCUCUCUGACCUGGAGCAGCAGUACCGAGCCUUGCGCAAAUACUAUGAGAACUGUGAGGUCGUCAUGGGCAACCUGGAGAUAACCAGCAUCGAGCACAACCGGGACCUCUCCUUUCUGCGGUCUAUUCGAGAAGUCACAGGCUACGUGUUAGUGGCUCUUAACCAGUUUCGUUACCUGCCUCUGGAGAAUUUACGCAUUAUCCGUGGGACAAAACUCUAUGAGGAUCGAUAUGCCUUGGCAGUAUUUCUAAACUACAGAAAAGAUGGGAACUUUGGACUUCAAGAACUUGGGCUGAAGAACUUGACAGAAAUCCUUAAUGGUGGAGUAUACGUAGACCAGAACAAAUUUCUUUGUUACACAGACACAAUUCAUUGGCAAGAUAUUGUUCGGAAUCCAUGGCCUUCCAACUUGACUCUGGUGUCAACAAAUGGUAGCUCAGGAUGUGGACGUUGUCAUAAGUCCUGUACUGGCCGAUGCUGGGGACCCACAGAAAAUCAUUGCCAGACCUUGACAAGGACGGUGUGUGCAGAGCAGUGUGAUGGCAGGUGCUAUGGGCCCUAUGUCAGUGACUGCUGUCAUAGAGAAUGUGCUGGGGGCUGCUCAGGACCUAAGGACACAGACUGCUUUGCCUGCAUGAAUUUCAAUGACAGUGGAGCAUGUGUUACUCAGUGUCCCCAAACUUUUGUCUACAAUCCAACCACCUUUCAACUGGAGCAUAACUUCAAUGCAAAGUAUACAUAUGGAGCAUUUUGUGUCAAGAAAUGCCCACAUAACUUUGUGGUGGAUUCCAGUUCCUGUGUGCGUGCCUGCCCCAGUUCCAAGAUGGAAGUAGAAGAAAAUGGGAUUAAAAUGUGUAAACCUUGCACGGAUAUUUGCCCCAAAGCUUGUGAUGGUAUUGGCACAGGAUCACUGAUGUCAGCUCAGACCGUGGAUUCCAGUAACAUUGACAGAUUCAUAAACUGCACCAAAAUCAAUGGGAAUUUGAUCUUCCUUGUCACUGGUAUUCAUGGGGACCCUUACAACGCAAUUGAAGCCAUAGACCCAGAGAAACUGAAUGUUUUCCGGACAGUUCGAGAGAUAACGGGUUUCUUAAACAUACAGUCAUGGCCCCCAAACAUGACUGACUUCAGUGUUUUCUCUAACCUGGUGACCAUCGGUGGAAGAGUCCUCUAUAGUGGCCUCUCCUUGCUUAUCCUUAAGCAACAGGGCAUCACUUCUCUACAAUUCCAAUCUCUGAAGGAAAUCAGUGCAGGAAACAUCUAUAUUACUGACAACAGCAACCUAUGUUAUUAUCAUACCAUUAAUUGGACAACACUCUUCAGCACUAUCAACCAAAGAAUAGUGAUCCGGGACAAUAGGAAAGCUGAAAACUGUACUGCUGAAGGAAUGGUGUGCAACCAUCUGUGUUCAAACGAUGGCUGUUGGGGACCUGGCCCCGACCAGUGCCUGUCAUGCCGUCGUUUCAGCAGAGGAAGGAGCUGCAUCGAGUCUUGUAACCUCUAUGAUGGUGAAUUUCGAGAGUUUGAGAAUGGCUCCAUCUGUGUGGAGUGUGACCCCCAGUGUGAGAAGAUGGAAGAUGGCAUCCUCACCUGCCAUGGACCGGGACCUGACAACUGCACAAAGUGCUCCCAUUUUAAAGAUGGUCCGAACUGUGUGGAAAAAUGUCCAGAUGGCCUACAGGGGGCAAACAGUUUCAUUUUCAAGUAUGCUGAUCAGGAUCGGGAGUGCCACCCAUGCCAUCCAAACUGCACCCAAGGGUGUAGCGGUCCCACUAGUCAUGACUGCAUUUAUUAUCCUUGGACGGGCCAUUCCACUUUACCACAACAUGCUAGAACUCCGCUAAUUGCAGCGGGAGUUAUCGGCGGGCUCUUCAUCUUGGUCAUCGUGGGUCUAACAUUUGCAGUUUAUGUUAGAAGGAAGAGCAUCAAAAAGAAAAGAGCCUUAAGAAGAUUUCUGGAAACAGAGUUAGUAGAACCCUUAACUCCCAGUGGUACGGCACCCAAUCAAGCUCAACUUCGUAUUUUAAAAGAAACUGAGCUCAAAAGAGUGAAAGUACUCGGCUCAGGUGCUUUUGGAACAGUUUAUAAGGGUAUUUGGGUACCUGAAGGAGAAACAGUAAAGAUUCCUGUGGCUAUUAAGAUUCUUAAUGAAACAACUGGUCCCAAAGCCAAUGUAGAGUUCAUGGAUGAAGCUUUGAUCAUGGCAAGUAUGGAUCAUCCACACUUAGUCCGGUUAUUGGGUGUGUGUCUGAGCCCAACCAUUCAGCUGGUUACACAGCUUAUGCCCCAUGGCUGCCUGUUGGAUUAUGUCCACGAACACAAGGACAACAUUGGAUCCCAGCUGCUGCUUAACUGGUGUGUCCAGAUAGCUAAGGGAAUGAUGUACUUGGAAGAAAGACGGCUUGUUCAUCGGGAUUUGGCAGCCCGAAAUGUCUUAGUGAAAUCUCCAAACCAUGUGAAAAUCACAGAUUUUGGACUAGCCAGACUCUUAGAAGGAGAUGAAAAAGAGUAUAAUGCUGAUGGAGGAAAGAUGCCAAUUAAAUGGAUGGCUCUGGAGUGUAUACACUACAGGAAAUUCACCCAUCAGAGUGAUGUUUGGAGCUACGGAGUCACUAUAUGGGAACUGAUGACCUUUGGAGGAAAACCCUACGAUGGAAUUCCAACCCGAGAAAUCCCGGAUUUAUUAGAGAAAGGAGAACGUUUGCCCCAGCCUCCAAUCUGCACUAUUGACGUUUACAUGGUCAUGGUCAAAUGUUGGAUGAUUGAUGCUGACAGUAGGCCUAAAUUUAAGGAACUGGCUGCUGAAUUUUCAAGGAUGGCACGAGACCCUCAAAGAUAUCUCGUUAUUCAGGGUGAUGAUCGCAUGAAGCUUCCCAGUCCAAACGACAGCAAGUUCUUUCAGAAUCUCUUGGAUGAAGAGGAUUUGGAAGACAUGAUGGAUGCUGAGGAAUACCUGGUCCCUCAGGCUUUCAACAUCCCACCUCCCAUCUAUACUUCCAGAGCGAGAAUUGACUCAAAUAGGAGUGAAAUUGGACACAGCCCUCCUCCUGCCUACACCCCCAUGUCAGGAAACCAGUUUGUAUACCGAGAUGGAGGUUUUGCUGCAGAGCAAGGAGUACCUGUGCCCUACAGAGCCACGACCAGCACGAUCCCAGAAGCUCCAGUUGCUCAGGGGGCUACAGCCGAUAUGUUUGAUGACUCCUGUUGUAACGGCACCCUGCGCAAGCCAGUGGCACCCCACGUGCAGGAGGACAGCAGCACCCAGAGGUACAGCGCGGACCCCACCGUCUUUGCGCCGGAACGGAGCCCACGAGGAGAGCUGGAUGAAGAAGGUUACAUGACCCCUAUGCGAGAUAAACCUAAACAAGAAUACCUGAACCCUGUGGAGGAGAACCCUUUCGUUUCGCGGAGGAAAAACGGAGACCUUCAAGCUUUGGAUAAUCCCGAAUAUCACAAUGCUUCCAAUGGUCCACCCAAGACAGAGGAUGAGUAUGUGAAUGAGCCACUGUACCUCAACACCUUUGCCAACGCGUUGGGGAAUGCCGAGUACCUGAAGAACCAUGUACUGUCUGUGCCAGAGAAGGCCAAGAAAGCAUUCGACAACCCUGACUACUGGAACCACAGCCUGCCACCUCGGAGCACCCUUCAGCACCCAGACUACCUGCAGGAGUACAGCACAAACUAUUUUUAUAAACAAAAUGGACGGAUCCGGCCUAUUGUGGCAGAGAAUCCUGAAUACCUCUCUGAGUUCUCGCUGAAGCCGGGCACUGUGCUGCCUCCUCCACCCUACAGACACCGAAAUACUGUGGUGUAAGCUCAGCAGUGGCUUUAAGAUAGAGACAAGCCCGCUCCAAUUACCCUGCCGCCUCUCUUUCUCUUACGGUCUUCCUUCUAUUCCCAAGGCCAGUAGUUUUGACACUUCCCAGUGGAAGAUACAGAGAUGCAAUGAUAGUCAUGUGCUUAUCUAACUUGAACAUUAGAAGGAAGAACUGAAAGAGAAAGACAGGAGGAACCACACUGUUUCUUCAUUUCUCUGCAUGGGUUGGUCAGGAGAUUGGAACAGCUAGAGAAGGACCAGCAAAUAUAAGGCAAUACUGCCUGCUGUCAAGCUAGUUCUCAAUGUUUUCUCUUUUUCUUUCUUUCUAUUUUUUUUUUUUUUAAUGUAGAUGCCUGAAAGACCCAUGCUAUCUGUUCCUAUCGGUAGGAACUGACAUGUACAUUUUCAGUACCCUUGGAAAUCGUAAUAAAGUUUCCAUUAGAACAAAAAGAUAACCUUUUCUAUAACAUAUGAUAGUUACUGAGAUUGAAAAUCCAGUUACUUUUUCCAACAGUUUCUAUCCUGACAAGCAAGAACAGCCAACUCAGCUUUCAUAAUUUCUUAAUCUCUCUCAAAGUUAUAACUAGUAAUUAUGUUUGGAGGGAUUUUUUUUGGUCUUUUUGUUUUAUUUUGUUUUGCUUUGAUUUGUCCCUUUAUAUCACUUUUACCCCCAUAUAUUUUGACUUUAAUUUCUAAUUGCAAAUAUUUUUACAUCAAAGUUUCUUAUGUGUUGCUAUAAAUUGACAGAAUUGUGAAAAAAUAUUUUAGUAUGGUGAAAUGACCAUUAUUUUAAAUAUAGAGCCUUUAAAAUUAGAAGGGAGGCCAAGAUAUUAGUCAAGUGUAACAUCAAAUCUAGCUGUCAUGGUUUAUACUAUUGAAUAUGUACCCCCACAUCCUUUACAUUCUUCAACAUUUUCUUCUCCAUAAAUGACAGUAUUUGAUAGGCAGUUGGUAAUGUAAAGAGUAAAAGGGAAACUAAGAGACAGUUCUGUGUGGUUCAUGAAAACUACUGACACUUUCAGGGGUGGUCCAAUGGGGAAUCCAUUGAACUGGAAGAGACACUGGAUUGGGUAUGUCUACCUGGCAGAUACUCAGAAAUGUAGUUUGCACUUGAGCUAUAAUUUUAUUUGUUCUCUUUCUGAACUCCAUUUUGGAUUUUGAAUGAAGCAAUAUGGAAGCAACCAGCAAAAUAACUAAUUUAAGUACAUUUUUUAAAAGAGCUAAAAUAAGGAAAGACUGUGGAAAUGCCAAACCAAGCAAAUUAGGACUUUGGAACGGUGCCCAGAGGUUAUGGUGAGAGGGCCAGCACAUUAUCUACAAGUGAUAUCACAUUUGCUACGCAAGGAAAGUUAUCCAGUUCAUAUACUCCACGUGGAGGAACGCAAGUAAGGAUUGGCUUGAUUCCAUGGAAUUUCUAGUAUGAGACUCUAUUUAUAUUAAGUAGAAGGUAACUCUUGCACAUAAAAUGGUAUAAUAAAAAAUACACAAACGUUCACAGUUUAUAGGUAGGUUCUUGGGUCAAAAGUUGUAAAUAAACAUGAAAAAUGUCUCAUGUAAUUAUUUUAAUAUCCAACAUACUAAUCUUUUGAUACUUUGUAUAAUAACACUUUCUUCAAACACAUCAUCCUAGUUCUAGAACCAUCUUUUUAUGUAUCAUUUUAAAAGACUACGUACUAAGAUGAGCAAUGGGAACAAAUGGUAGGAAUGAGUCUCCUGGAACAAGAAAAUCAGGUAGUCUCUCUUUUGUAGGAAAAUCUGCUUCGACAGUUAUUUGAAUUAAUUUUUUUUUUCAAAUGUUAAAAUUUUGACAUCAAAUUCAAGUCUGUCGCCAAAAAGAAAGCAAUGAGAUAAAGAAUCUCUGUUGGUAAAGCAGAGUGUUUACAGAGAGAGAACAAAAUAUAAAGAGAUGUAGAUUUCUGCCUAUUUUGAAAAAGUAAAUCAAUCCAUCCAUUCAAUGCCCUUGUUUUUUCAACUGAUAUUUAUUUAGAGUUUACUAAAAGCACUGUGUAAGUGGGGAACAGCAGCAUAAAUGCAAUAUUAUCCCUAACUUAAUGAUUUUAAGUCAAUUACUUGGAAUGACAUUUGAAUUUCCCCAUAAGUUCAAGGAAUAAGAUUUUAUGGACUAUUUUGUGAGCAGUCAUCAUAAAAUCUGCUGUCGGUUAAAGGAUCUUCUGUGAACCCAUUUGGAACAUGAAUUAAACAACCUACAGGCUACUGAAGUUGACAAAUGGGAUAAUUUCAAUGUUAUCAUCCAAACAUGAAUGAACCAGUAGAAGGAUAUUGCAUCACUGGCUAAUUGGCCUAUCCGGAUUCUAAUUUGACCAUUAAGCCAACAGCAGGUGUUGGUCUUUGGCCAAGAACGUUGAAGGUGUCAGGACCGGUUUCUUACUAAGUUAGGAGAAAUAAGGUAAGCUAAACGAGUGAAGUAGAACAAGGGAGAGGUUUGUAAGAUCCCGUCUAGUGAAGUUCAACCAUGAAGUUUUCUGGGUUGAUGACGGAGAAUGACUUAGCGGCUACAGCCCAACAACUUUGAACUCUCCCACCCAUUCAGAGGAGUCUCCAGAGAAAGGGGACCUCACAUAAGUUCUUAUGAGAAUUUGGAUGUAAGCCUCCCUUUCUAGAUAAAUCUGUAUGAACUCACCACUGACAGCACCCUUGUUGGAUACUAGAACUUUAUUUUUUUUCUUCUGAUUUACAAUAUUCCUACUUCUUCUGGGAUAUGGAAAACAGAAUCACUUAUUUUGAGAAGGAAAGAAAAAUAAUUUUUUCCUUGUUAAGGUAAGAGAAUGUAUUCAGUGAAUGUAGUUUCCUUCAUUCUAAGAACACAAAACCCUUACAUAUCAGGUAAUCUACGACUAACAACUAGAGAUAGAAGCAAGUAUAAUCCAAAAAGACCCAAAAUGUUUCACAAAAACCACUUUAUUGUUCCUUUUGAAUGAUUUCUAUAGUACAUUUUUUAAUUUCAGUUGUUUUAGGAUUUCUCUCUUAUUUUUGUCCCCCUGGAAAAAUAUAUUUCAAAGUGUGUGAAAGAAAGAAAAGUUCCAAAAAGUAACUUAUUUAACUCACUAGAGUGAAAUUUUAAAAUGCCAGUUGAAGUCUGCAAAGUGCAUCAGAAUAUCAAAUCCCAGAGGCUAGUUGUAUCAGUGUAAACAUGCAGAACCAAUUAAGUAAAUUUGAGGAAAAUUAGUAGUAAAAUUACACAGACUAUAUUUUUUAAGUCACCAAAUUUUGUAGCCAAUCUUGGGGAAUCCUACCUACAGAUAAGGAAAAACUGUAUAACUAAAUGGUUGUUUAAAGAACCAUUCUUUAGUUCUUAGAAGAGAAAAGACAUUCUCUAAACUAGAGUAGACCCAGAACCACAAAGCAUCCUGCACCAUAAAGAGGUGCUUGGACUACUGAGUAACAUUUGGUUUUCCAAAUUUUAGUGGUUAGGGUGAGAGUUCUUUCUCAAGUAAUAUUCCUGAAAUAGAAUUAAAAACAGUGCAAACUCAAAUUUUAUUAAAAUAUACAAACUCAAAAUAUGAGAUUCUCUUUUAGUAGAUCAGGAAGAAUGACUGAUUAUUUAUAUACUGAGAAACAGAAAAGAAGAGAAGAGGUAGUGCUCUAAGUGCUAUAAUGGAUGUGUUAAUACCUUCUAAAAGUAGGACGUGACAUGAAGAUUGUGCAUAUUCUCGAUGCCGAGGACAAGCCAGUAGAAGGUUUGUGAGGUUCUGCUGCUAGAUGAAGUUCAAGGGGCUAGCAACAUGCUUUUUGAAGUGUCAAAGUGAAAGGAAAGUAAAAUUGUUUCAACCUGACAGGGAAGGAUGUAAAUACAUGUUUUCUAGAGCUAACUAACUUUUAUUUCAAAACUUGAAUUAUUCAUCCGUCUAUAACUGUUGAUUAUUUAACUAGUAUGUAGUUCAUAAGGUAAUAGAAAAGGUGAUCAUGAGAGCAUGUAUAUAGCUGGGCAAAACCAUGAUAAUGCUGUAAGAUGUAGAUUUAGUUAGGUUAUCAGAUAAUAAAUGGUUUUAAUAUUAUUAAAUGAAUCAAACUAGAAAAUUAACCACAAAAUAUUAUGUAACAAAAUAAAAUGCAGCAUAUGAAAACAUAGGAUGGAUUUUGCAUAGAAAAAAAAUAAGUUUGCCAUUUAAAAUCGUUAUUUGUUAGGGUUAGCUGAAAGUAGGCAUAUAAAGAGCUGGUUCCACUUUGAAAAGUUGCUUUCAAGCAUUGCAAUUAAAUUUUUUCUCACCCUUAUUCUUUUACCGUUCUUAAUUGCAUUAAGUGUAAAGAGAACAUUUUUUACAUUUGUUUUUCAAACACCACCUUGCAGAGUUUAACAGGCAAAUAUGUUACAUGACUUUAGGUAAGAGGUCUUCAAAAUGAAGUAAAGGAAAUGUACAUGUUCUAUUACCUUAUGCAGAGACAAAGAUUGAAUGGUGCCAUUUAGUAAACAAACAAAAUACAUUUAAUUUGUGAAAGGUCCUUUUUUUCCCAUGUUACCUUCCCAUUUCCAAAAACAAAAGGAAGCAAUUAGUUAACAAUAUUCUGAUAAAUAAUGCUAAACCAAGCAUUUCAAACUGCUGUUAUUUCCAUUAUUUUGGACUCUUGCUAUUAGACAGAUGAUUUUAAAUAUUAUAUUGCAAAUGAGAAGUCCAGGUGUAUAAACUUCUAGUCAUUAGAAAGCCAGAUAAACUAAAUUGUGUAUAUGCCAAAAGCAAGAAAAUUCUGCUGUGCCUCUCUUUGUGUAUAUGGAAUUUGAAGGGCAACCUUGUACCCAUGUAGAUUCAUGAAGGCAGACUCAUGUCUCCUAAUUGCCAUUUGUUUAAAAAUGAAUGACAUUAUACAGAGUAGAUUAGGUGUGGUUU